AUGCCAACGAGGUUUGAGUAUCAGUGCAAGACACUCGCUCGCUCUUUGCUAAUUAAGCAAAUUGCUAUGUCGGUGGCAUCGUGGAGCGUUGGCAUGAGGGAAGAUGAAAACAGUCUUCGGCUAUAUUUGGUUGAAAUUCUUAGGCGCUCCAAAUGCUCAAGAAAUGUGACACUACUUGCAACCUACUAUUAUUUUAUAUUGCAAGUGGUUAUCGUUACUAGAGGAGAAGCGGUGCCGGAAUUUACGCAAUCGUCUAAAAGGCUAUUUCUUUGUUGUUUGAUUCUAGCACAUAAGUUUACACAUGAUCAGACAUUUGCUAUGAAAACAUGGUCGCAGAUGACUGGUUUGUCUGCGAAGGAUAUAUCUAUGAUGGAGCGUUGGGUUUUAAGGAAAUUGGAGUUUAGACUAUACAUUGGGGCAGAAGAUCUAAGUUCUUGGGCAAGUCAAAAACUCUAUGGGGGGUCUGUGGAUAGCUUGAACUGUAGUCCAUUGAAAAAGUCACUUGAAUACAACUCUCAAGAAGUAAACAUCGGAUUGGAGUCUCUAACAAAACCUGCUUUAGUUAGUAUUCAGUAG